AUGGCAUUUUUGCAACAAGCUAAUCAUUCUUCUACUAAUAAAAACUACGCCUUUGAAAUUUCAGUUUCAGAAUGCGGAGAAAGUGAUACAAAAGGAAGUUAUACAUUAGGACUUGAAAACGGUGAUAUCCAAUUUAAGAAUAACAACAGCACUUCCAACAAAUGCAAUUUCUGUUCAUCAAUAUUUAGUGUCCUUGAAGGACAAUCAGGUUAUUGUAAAUUCUCAACAUUCAGAGGAAACAACCAAUUUAGAUUUAAAUCUCUUUUAUUUAGUUCUAAUAAAGUUGAUAAUAAGCAUACAGUUUCUUAUUGUAAUGUUAUUGGAAAUAAAUACAGAUCGAACACUGAACUAGGUCUAUUUUUUUGUGAAUUCAAUACUGAUGUUGAUCACUGUGUAUUUUUAAAUAAUACUGCAUCACAUAUGUUUUAUGUUGAAUACGCUGGCUUCACAAUGACUAUUAGUGAUUCAUAUGUUCAAGCAAAGUCAAAAACAGGAUCAGGAGCUGUUACAUUUGAAAGAGAAAAUUUAAAUUCAGAAAUUAUUAGUAUUUCAUUAUCAGAUGCAGAAAACUGUGCCAUUGAACCGAAUGUAAUGACAGCCAAGGUUUCUUAUUUUUUUGAAUUUGCAGAAACUUCAAUUGUACUAUUUUUUAAAUAG